AGAUCUUAUUUAUUUUUUCAUUAGAGGAGUGGGGGAAAAAUCACCAAGUUCAAACCACUAGCAUAAGUAGUCUUCAAGGAGGGUAGUCAUGUCUGUUACAGGCUUUAAAAACACCGAUGAGGAAGUACCCUUAAAUCACAGCAUUGAGAAGGAGAAAACUAUAAGACAUAUUGGUAUUUGUCUUCCUCAUACUCUGAAAAAAUUGCAAGUUGGAAUCUGUUUGCUUCUGGUGGAGCUGUGUGAGAGGUUCACUUUCUUUGAAGUCGUCCGCAAUAUGAUCCCCUUUUGCACCGUCAAGCUUGGCUAUCACAAUUACCAAGCCGCCAUUUUGAACUUGUGUUUUAUUGGAACGUCAAUCCUUACCCCGGUGUUUGCAGGAUGGCUUGCUGAUGUAUGUCUAGGAAGAAACAAACUGGUACAGGUUUGCUUAUUUCUGCAUUUUCUAGGCUCUGCUUUGUUAUCUGUGGCUGCUUUUCCCUUGGAGGGUUUCUACAUGGGCACUCACCAUAUGAUUGACAACAUACCAAAAAAGGAACAGACCAGGCUGUUUCACGUAGCACUGGUGGCCAUCUGCCUCGGCACAGGAGGAAUAAGGACCAUUGUCUGUCCACUGGGUGCUUACAGCCUUCAGGAGUAUGCAUUCCAGAAACAAAUGUCCUUUUUUAACUGGUUUUAUUGGAUCAUGAGCCUAAAUGCAACUGUUGUCUUUCUGGGACUGUCUUAUAUCCAGCACUUGGCGGCCUGGGCCCUGGUCUUACUUAAUCCUUUUAUGUCUACACUUAUGGCUCUGAUAACCCUUUGUAUGAUGCACUAUAACCUGAUUUAUCAGCCAGGAAAAUGUUGCUCCCUCCUGACAACCUUUGGGGUGUUUGUUAAUGCACUAAAAACAUGCUGUCUGCAGUAUUGCCACCUUGGUGGAGGUGUGACAAGCUGGUUAGACCAUGCCAAGGAAAAAAAUGGCGGCUACAGUGAGCUCCAUGUGGAAGACACAAAAUUUUUCUUCACCCUUCUCCCUCUCUUCAUUUUUCAGCUCCUCUACAGAAUGUGCCUUAUGCAGAUUCCUUCAGGAUAUUAUCUGCAGACCAUGAAUUCCAACCUGAAUUUGGGUGGAUUUCUUCUGCCAGUUGCAGUAAUGAAUGUCGUCAGCAUCCUACCACUACUACUUUUAGCUCCUUUAAUGGAGUAUUUCAGCACCUGCCUAUAUCCCUCUAAGAGAGAUGGCCCAUUUCUGUUGGCAUGCAUUAUUGCUGGCAAUCUUUCUGCUGCAUUGUCUGUGAUGGUAGCUGGCUUCUUUGAAAUACACAGAAAGCACUUCCAUCCAGUCGAGCUCCUUUCAGGCAAAGUUGCCACCAUUUCCUCCAUGCCCUGUUUCCACCUUGUUCUUCAAUACAUUUUACUUGGAGUGGCUGAAACUCUGGUCAACCCAGCCCUCUCUGUAAUAUCAUACAGAUUUGUUCCAGGUACCAUCAGAGGAAACUUUAUGAAUUGUUUGACACUGUUCAAUGGUUUUGGUUGUUUCAUGGGGGCACUGAUGGUGGAGCUGGUCUACCUCAUCUCAGAAGGCAAUUGGUUUCCAAACACAUUAAACAAAGGCAAUUUAGAAAGCUUCUUCUUCUUCUUGGCAUCAUUAACGUUGUUGAACGUCCUGGGAUUCUGGAGUGUUUCACAAAGAUAUUGUAAUCUAAAUCAUUUUAAUGCCCAGAACAUCAGCGGAAGUAAUCUUGAAGAAACACUUCCCCUCCAUGAAAAGUCUCUGAAAUUUUAUGGCAGUAUACAGGAAUUUUCUUCGAGUAUUGAUCUUUGGGAAACAGCCCUGUGAAACUCUGUUUGACUCAACCUGUCUUAUGAGCAGAGUAUUCACUGUUUUCUUUGACUAGACACUAUGCGUUUUCGUUUUAGGGCUAAUAUGUGUGAGGGUGGCCUUAUGAAUAUUAUCUGUGUACUUUACAAAGACUAUUAUGACUCCUCUAGUCAUAAUUAUGACUAUUACGCUUUUGCAUUAACAUGUUAUGCCUUUGAAUUAAUGAAGUAAUUUCAAAGUCUAAGUAAUUACUCUAUGACAACAAAAAGUUAAUAUUUCCUAUGCAUCACAAUAUUUUAAAACUUAUUACAAUGGUUUGGCCAUUAUAAGCAACCUAUAUGACAUUUUUUAGUUUUCAUGUGUCCUUAGAAUCAAAAUAACAGUAUGUUAACAUUCUUUCUUUCAAUGCAUUUAUUGAGUACUUACUGCAUGUCAGGCAUAGUGAUCAUAUACUGUCUAUGUCAGAGUAAAUAAUAAACCUACAUACAAUUUCACUAUACUUCAUCUUGCUAUUACACUAUCAAGUUAUGAAUUAAGGAAAUAUUCUCUGAAUCAAAGAGCAACACUACUAAAAUAGAGGUCCUU